AUGGAUGACAGCACUAGUUUCAGGCUCUGUGUCCCUCAAGAUCAAAUGUCUGCCAUCAUGGAUCCGGAGUUGUGGCCCGAGCACGCUGUCAUUCAUAAAGGGAUUUUCAAUCCAAAAUUAAAUCAUGUUAAAAAACUUCAAUUAACGAUGGCCAUCAUAGAUGAUGAAGUUGGCGGUGGGGUCGGCUUGUUUUUAAAAAGUGAUUUGGAAUACGAGAUUGAAGAUUGCAAUUUUAAUUCAAACUCCUUGAAAACAGAAACAAAAUACAUAAAUUAUUUAAAAUUAAGAGCUGCGGAAGCAAGGCAGAGAAUUCACGUGGUCAUGUUGAAUUUCAACAAUAAAGUGGACAAAAAGUUGGACCAGCUUGUCUACGUACAGCCCACGGGAGUGAUGUCGGUCAGAACAGAGUACCUGGUCCGUAGCAGGCCUCUUGAAUACUUACCGAAAGGAAAACUGAACCCCAUAAAGGAUGACAAGCAGCACUACCUAACUAUGACUGAGAGAGCCAGACUAAGAACUAUCUUGAACGAGAAGAUAAUUUAG